AACCCUUUUUCUUUUUUCCUUUUUUCUAUCCUUAUUUCUUCUCUCUCUUUCCUUCUACUUUCCUACCCCCCCCCCCCCUCUCUCUCUCUCUCUCUCUUUCUCCUCUCCUAUAUAUCCCCUCUUUUCUCCCUUUUUUCACUCUUAAAUCCCUUCCGGGUCUUCUUCUAAUCCACCAAAAUUAAUCAUCAUAUCUUUUCUUGUUUUCUCACUUGGCUUUUCACUGCCUAUGGCUGCUUUCUCCUCUUGGUUGUUGGAUUCUGUUGAUACUAAAUUAGAUCUCAAUUCUAUGCCUCUCAGAUUCUCCGGUGAACCUCCGAAGGAGAGGAAUUAUAUGGAUGUCGAGAGGAAGGUUACUGUCAAAGAAGAGACUGGAGCUUUAAUGGAGGAGUUGAAGAGGGUUAGUGCAGAGAACAAGAAAUUAACUGAAAUGUUGACUGUUGUUUGCGAAAAUUACAACACUUUGAGAGGACAUUUGAUGGAACAAAUGAACAAAAAUGGAGAAAAAGAGAUUUCUUCUUCAAAGAAGAGGAAAUCAGAGAGUAGCAAUAACAAUAACAAUAUGGUUGGAAUGAAUGGGAAUUCUGAAAGUAGUUCAACUGAUGAAGAAUCUUACAAGAAACCAAAAGAAGAAACCAUUAACAAAUCAGCUAAAAUCACUAGAGUUCAAGUCAAAAUUGGAGCUUCUGAUUCAAAUCUGGUUGUUAAAGAUGGAUAUCAAUGGAGGAAAUAUGGUCAAAAAGUCACUAGAGAUAAUCCUUGUCCUAGAGCUUAUUUCAAAUGCUCUUUUGCUCCUAGUUGCCCUGUUAAAAAGAAGGUUCAAAGAAGUGUUGAAGAUCAAUCAGUUCUUGUAGCCACAUAUGAAGGUGAACACAAUCAUCCACACCCAUCUCAGAUUGAGGCCACUUCCGGUGGUGCCGCAGCCCGUAGUGUUAACAUAGCUCCGGCGGUGGUUACGGCAGCGCCGGGAUCCUCGUCGGCGCAGGCCGUUUCCCUCGACUUGGUGAAGGCGAAACCGAUUAUGGAAGCUAAAACGAUCGCCAACCCAAGAUUUGACUCACCAGAACUGCAACAGUUUCUCGUCGAACAGAUGGCCUCUUCAUUAACGAAAGAUCCCAAUUUCACGGCGGCGCUUGUGGCAGCGAUUUCGGGAAAGAUUUUCCCACAUUGAUUGAAGUGGAUUGGAGUUUAAAAGUUGAAGAUACAAUCUCUUUUGGAAUUAAUCUGUAAAUACACACUGAAACAGAGAAGAUUUGACGGAUUUUAGGAGGUGGAAGUUUUGAGAUUUUUGAAAAGGGGGGGGGGGGGGGGGGGGGGGGGGGAAACGUUGAAAAAGAGUACUAAAAAUGGAUGAAAAAUGGAAACUAUUAGAAAUUCAAAUUGGGUACUUUGUUGACGUUUUUAGGUCGUCCAACAAUUUCAAUUUGUAAUGCCAAAAUUCUUCAAGCAAUUGAAUUUGAUAUCAAUAAGAAUUCUUUCUCUCGAAAGUCAAUAUAGUAUAUGUAACGUUUUGACAAAGGGGUAAAGGGUUUAAAUAUUUUGCUUAUAAAAUCCCUUUGUCGUUAAACUCGAAAAAGAGAAUCAUCCAAAAUUUCAAAUUUGAGUUACUUACUUUA